AUGGCAGCGGCUCUCGCCGCAUCCCUGCCCGCACCCCAAGCCGCACCUGCACCGAGCGCACCGACCUACGAGGCCAUCCCUGCGUCGAUGGCGCAGGUGAUCGACAUCGAGGCGGAAAUCCACAUUACGAGCGUGCAGCUGGACGCGAUAGCCGUCUCGAAGAUCAUCAAGCAUGCAAAAGAAGCUCCGGGCUCGUCUGCGCACGGGCUCCUCCUCGGUCUGGACCUCGACGGCACCCUGGAGGUCUCGAACUCCUUCCCCCUCCCCCACCAUUCCAACGAUGAAGACGAUAAAUCCGCGAAGGGGAUCGCACGGUACCAGGGGGCUAUGCUUCGCUCGUUAAAGGAGGUGCAGGCGGACGACAGCGUGAUCGGGUUCUACCAGGGAAUGACACUGGGGUCGUUCUUCAACCAAACGCUGGUCGACACGCAAGCGAUCCACCAGGAGCGGCUGCGACACGGUGGAAUAAUCAUCGUCCACGACAUCUCGCAGACCGCACGAGGGAACGCGUCCUUCCGGGCGUUCCGUCUCACGAGGGCGUUCCUAGACGCCUACAAGCGGAACAACUUCAGCGCCACGAGCCUAAUCGACCACCGCCUUACCUUCUCAAAAAUUCUCGAGGAAGUGCCGCUCAAAAUUCGCACGAACGCGCUCGUAAGCACGUUCUUGGGCACGUUGGCGGAGGCUUCGGCCCCGCCAGCGGCGCAGACGAACCCUGCACUCGCCACGUCCUCUGCCGCCAUCCCGCCGUCGUACCAGGUGCUGAACCUGGGCGCGGCGAACAUGCCGCGGAAUCUGGAGCUCAUCGUGGAGGCGCUGGAUAACUACAAGACGGAGGAGGGCAACCUCGCGUACUUGCACCGGCAAAUCGCGCGCGAGAAGGCGAAGGCAGACUCGUUCAUCGCGAAGCGGAAAGAGGAGAAUGCAGCGCGGGUGGCUGCGGGCCUCGCGCCGGCGCCGGAGGAGGACGUGAGCAGGCUGUUCAAGAUCCCGGCGGAGCCCAACCGGUUGGAGAGCAUGUUGCUGCUGGGGCGGAUCGACGCGUACGGGAAGAGCCUCGAGGAGACGGCGAGCACCGGACUGGUGAAGAUGUACGCUGCGAAGGGGAACGCGGGCAACGGCAACUAG